AUGGAAGACGAACAAAGUUUAACAAAAACAUUUUCAUCUGAAUGUACAACUAAUGUUGAUAUACAACCACGUCAUAAAAUACCAGAAACUCGUAAUUUUGAACCGUAUUUAGUUAUCUGGUGUCAGUCAAAUGUGAGUUCAAUUCAAAAUACCUGUUGCAUACAGUUAGAGCUACGUCGUACAAUUAAUUUUAUUAAAACGUUCGAUAAUAUCGAUGAAUGUCAACAACAUAUUGAAACAAUAAGAGGUGAUAAAAUAAUUUUAAUUAUUUCUCAACAUUAUGUUGAAGCAUUAUUAUCACAAAUACUUGAUUUAAAGCAAUUAAUUGCUGUCUACAUUUAUGAUGAAAAUGAACAAAAUGAUAAUCGUAACAAACCAUGUCAGAUGAUUAAAGGAAUAUUAAGCAACAGUAACAAUUUGAUUAAACAAAUAUCAGAUGAUCUUGUUAAACUUCAGAAAACAGACGAUAGAGAAAUGCCAAUGACUAUAUUUGAUCAAACCGCAACAGGUAGUCUAAGAAAUAAAACUUUCUCUCGUGAAAAUGGAAAGGACGGGGGCGAUUAUUUGAUGGAAUCUGCCCUUGCUUGA